GGGGCAGUAAGGUCAAUGUUGGAUUCAAUGCUGACAAGAGAAUGAGAAACGCGAUCCGGACUAAUCGCCGAUAAACAAGACGAAGAAGAAAACUGGAUCUUUGUUGAAUGUAAGCGAUUCAAAAUAUGAAAUCAUUUAUACAUGGUAAUACUCAUCUGAAAUCUAUGUAAGUGUGCUAUCCGAACAAGAAUGAAUCACAACCCGACGAUUUAAGCAAGAAGGGCCAAGAUCGCUGGCUCCUUUAGCGACGGCUAGCGGCCUAAGCUAACGAGAGUUCGCGUACUUUGCUGAUUCGACGCCAGAAGCGCAUCAUCGCACAUCGAUGAGGCUCUAGGUUGGGGGGAAACUCGAGGGAAUAGUGGUGGGAUCCAUGCGGGAUAGCGGUGCUCAACACCGCCGAACAUGUCUUUAGUCGCCUAUGGUAGCAGCGAUGACAGCGACGGCGAAGGGACGUCGAGCAAACAAGGCUCGGGGGGGCUCUUCUCCCUCCUGCCAACCGCCAAAAAGUCAUCAGCGGCGGACAGGACGUCGAGUGACGACAAAAAGAGUUCCUUAUCGGGUCUACCCGAGCCCAGGAAGCGCACGGAGCCAGUGAGGAUCACCGUGCCGCACAUCGAGAAGCACGACUCAGACUCUGACGAGGACGAACCAGUAAAGAAGAAACUCCAACCCCAGGGCACAGGUAGCGGUCUCUCCUCUCUCCUGCCGCAACCUAAAAACCUGACUGUGAAGGUGACCGACAGACCUUUAAUCCCGCACACGCUCACCAAGCGCCCGGAGUCCAAAGGACUCAAUCCGGGCCCGCUGGGCCCCAGCGCGUCCCCCUCCGCUAUCAAAGCGGCGGCCAAGUCGGCAGCGCGGCAGCUGGCCAGGCAGAUCGUGGCCAGCGACGAGCACGAGGAGGACAUCUCGCCGCAGAAUUACUUCAGUUUGGGCGAAAGCCCCGAGCCGCCGCCGCCGGCCGUCAUUCCGAGUUACGAACCCGAGCCCGUCGUCGCCGUGGUGGAGCCGCUCCCCGCGCCGCCGCCUGCCCCGCCGCUUCCCCUUCCGCCGCCCGGCGACGAGCUGGGCCAGUCGGACGCCCCCCUCGACUUCGGCGGAGGCCACGAGGGAACCGGCGCGUGGGGGGGCCAAUACCCUCCGUAUCAGCAGCCCAUGGCCGGACCCGAGUCUUACCCUGAGGGGUACGAUAAUAACGAAGCCUAUUACCAAGAUCCGAGCCCUGGCCUGCCUGAGGACGAAGUACCGGGUAACUCGGCCAUGUUUGAUGACGAAGCGUUCAUGCGGCUCCAGGGCAAACGGAACCGGGGCAAGGAAGAGGUGAAGUUCCUGGAGAUUAAGGGCGACGACCAGCUGAGCGGCCACCAGCAGUGGAUCACCAAAAGCAUGUCGGAGGAGAAGCAGACCCGCAGCUCCUUCAGUAAGAAAAGGGGAGGGAUGCCCACGGGCCAGCAGAGACGCAAGCACCAGAUCACGUAUCUCAUCCACCAGGCGAAGGAACGCGAGCUGGAGCUGAAAAACAGCUGGGCGGAGAACAGGAUGACCCGCCGGCAAACGCAGGCCAAAUACGGCUUCUGAGCGCCGCGCCGGUCCCGAGUCUCGGCGCUUCCUGUACAUAGAAAAACAAAACUGUAACGCACACCACGUCCUCCCCCCGUUUAAAAAAAAAAAAAAAAAAAAUCAAUCGCGAGUAAACUGUUACCUUUCAAACAAUCGCGGGUGGGUUUUAGACACCACCCGGUUAGAAAUGGGUUCCUUUAUAUGUAUUCCUACUCAUGUAACAAAUAUUUUGUGUUCGGUUCUGUGACGCGCCGUCGUGCUUCCCGGGAAAGUACCGGCGCGUUCACCGUCAACUGGAGAGUCCUUGUGAUUUUUUUUUUUUUU